AUGGCAGCAGAUGUGGCCACAGCGGACCCCAAGCUAAGUUUCAACCUGCAGGCUCUCCUGGAGCAGCUGUGUGAUGAGGAGCUGAGCAAGUUCAAGUCCCAGCUUGGCCUCUUUGCCCAGCAACAUGAGCUCCAGGAUGUCCCCCAGGCGGAGAUGACUGAAGCCAGCGCCAAGGAUCUAGUGGAGAUCCUCACCACCCACUGCCCCCCAGCCUGGGUGGAGAGGGUGGCCGUAAAUAUCUUUGAGAACAUCAACCGGGCUGACUUGGCCAAGACGGUGGAGGAGGAGCUAACUGAAGACAUAUACAGAAAAAUGGUGUUGAAGAAAUUCCAGAGGUUGUGGGCUAACAACUUUUGGCCGGGGGAGUACAAGAAGUCCUACCUGCUCACAGAGAGCUACAGGAGCCUCCUCCGGCUGUGCGACCCCCUCCGGCGGCCAGGGCUCCUCGGGCCACGCACGGUGGUGCUGCAGGGACCCACGGGCGCCGGAAAGACCACGCUGGUGAAGAGGCUAAUUCUGGACUGGGCCGAGGGACGCCUGGGCCCCGCCUUCCAGUGGGCCCAUUACCUGAGCUGCAAGGAGCUGCGCCACCACCGGGUCAAGAACCUGCACCAACUCCUCUUCGAGGGCCUCCCAGACAUGAACAAGGACGUGCUGCGGGCCCUGCUGGGCGCGGCCGAGGUGCUGCUCGUCGUGGACGGGUUUGACGAGCUGAGGUACGGGCCCGGGGAGAUGAUCCGGGGCAUCUCCACGCACUGGGGGCAGCGCAAGCCGGUGCCGGUCCUGCUGAGCAGCCUGCUGAAGCGCAUUCUGCUGCCCAACGCCACCCUGCUGGUCACCACGCGGCCCCGGGCGCUGCAGGAGCUGCUGCUGUUGCUGGAGCAGCCCGUCCUGGUGAACGUGGACGGCUUCUCGGAGACGGAGACGUGGGAGUACUUCCGCAGGCAUUUCGGAGACCAGGCCCAGGCCCAGAGAGCCCUGGCGGCCGUGUGGAGCAACGAAGCCCUGCUAGCCAUGAGCCGGAUGCCCGCCGCAUGCAGACUGCUGUGCGCGUGUCUGAAGCCGCUGCUGGAGGGGGGCGAGGACCCCGCGGCAGCCUGCCACAGCCCCACCGCCCUGAUUCUCCGAUUCCUCCACCGCCAGCUCCGCCCCAGGGGCCCAGCCCCGGCUGCCCAGCUGGAGACCCUGUGCUGCCUGGCCGCGCACAUGCUGACCGCACAGCAGUCCACUUUCCACACCGGGGACCUCAAGAGACUCGGGAUGCAGGAGGGCCACCUCCAGCCCUUCCUGACCAAUCACAUCAUCCAGAAGGACUGGGGCUGCCGCUGGUGCUACCACUUCGUCCACUCCAGCGUCCAGCAGCUUCUGGCCGCCCUGUUCUACAUCCUGAAGCCCCAGGACAGGGAAGGCCAAGGCCGCCAGCCCAGCAGCCGCGACCGGGAAGACGUGCGCAAGCUGCUCUCCCGAGAGGCGCGUGCGCGGAACCCCGACCUGGCCCAGGCCGGCCGCUUCCUGUUCGGCCUCCUGAACAGGAAGAGGGCCCAGGAGCUGGAGGCGGCCUUUGGCUGCCACAUAGACCUGGAGAUCCGACGGGAGCUGCUGGGGUGUGGGGCGGAGGAGAGCAGGCCCUUCCUCCUGCGGAUGGAGCAGAGCGAGGUCUUUAGCUGGCUCUACGAAUCUCAGGAUGAGGAGCUGGCGGCGGAGGCGCUGGCGCCCUUUGAGGAAAUGUCUGUGAUCCUGAAGAGCCGCCAGGAUCUCCUGCACGCGUCCUUCUGCCUCAAGAACUGUCCGGGCCUGCGCAGGCUCACGGUGCAGGUGGCCAGGGGGCUGUUCCCGGAGGACGGUGUUCAGCUGCCAUCCACGGCUCAAGGCCACAGGCCCGAGGAUGACCAGGUCCUGCUUGCUCUCUGGACAGAUCUUUGCGCCAUGUUUUUCUCAAACCAGAAUCUGAACAGACUGGACAUCCACCACAGCUGCCUGAGCUACUCCUCCGUGGCGGUUCUGUGUGAACACUUGGCCUCUGCCUACAGUCUCCAGGAGGUGGUCCUCAGUAAUAUUUCCCCGGCCGAGGCGCAGCUCAGCCUGUGCAGCUGCCUCUGUUGUUCUGAGGCCCUCGUGAACCUGACCCUUCAAGGGGACAGCCACAGGGACCUGCUGCCCUUGUUGAGCCAAGUCCUGAUUCACCCAAAAUGCCACCUGCAGGACCUCAGGCUGGGGGCUUGCUCGGCCACAUUUCAGCAGUGGGCUGACUUCUUCUUGACCAUCCAAGCCAGCCCCCUGACGGGCCUGGACCUCUCCAACAAUGAGAUCCUGGACCGGGGUGCCACGCUGCUGUGCGAGACCCUGAGGCGGCCAGAAUGCAUCCUGCAGAAGCUGACCCUGGAGAACUGCGGGCUCACACGGGCCUGCUGUGAGGAUUUCCUCUCCACCCUCAUCGUCAGCCAGCAGCUGACGCACCUGAGCCUGGCCAACAAUGACCUCGGGGAUGACGGGGUGAAAAUCCUGUGUGAGGGCCUGAAUCACUCCAACUGCCAACUGCAGAGCCUGGUACUGUGGCACUGCAACGUGGGCAGUGACGGCUGCGUGCACCUCUCCCAGCUCCUCCAGCAGGGGGCGAGCCUCAAGUACUUGGACCUGGGCCUGAACCAGGUGGGAGACUCCGGCAUGAGGGCCCUGUGCCAGGCCCUGAAGAGCCCGCAGUGCGGCCUCAAGUGUCUAUGGCUGUGGGGCUGCUCCAUCACUUCUACCAGCUGCGAGGAGCUCAGUGAGGCCCUUCUAGGAAACCAGAGGCUGGUCACCCUGGAUCUGGGACAAAAUACCUUGGCGUUUGACGGAUUAAUGCUGCUGUAUACAGCCUUGCAAUUUCAAAGGUGCUCCCUGCAGAUACUCAGGUUGAAAAUAAAUGAAGCGAAUCCUGAAGUGAAGAAGCUGAUAAAAACAAUACAAAACGUCAACCCCCAGCUGAUUGUUGACAGUGACCACCAAAACCCCAGGAAAAGGAGACCUGAGGAUUUCCCUGCUUGAGCCAGCAAAAACCAUCCAUCCUCCGAGGUCAGAGGCCUCUACCCACGGUGAACAUCACACAUGGACGAGCUGGGCGAAGUCCAAGCCUUCUUUCUCCCCUAGUGAAUGUAAAAUGAGCACAUGUCACUUGACACUAUUGGGUGUGAAAUGUCUUAGCACUAAUAUGCUGAGGGAAAUAAAAGCAAGCACGUUCAUGAA